AUGCCACGGCAGCGCAUGGGCAUGGCAGUGAGUGCCAGCAUGAUGGAGUAUGCCACAUUCGCCGGCGGCGCAUACAUCUUCCAACCCUCCAAGCCAGCCAUGCCCAUCACCUCCACCAACGCCACCUACCAGUGCCUUGAGUCGUUCAAGUCACAGCAGGUGCAUACAUCUGAGUCGCUUUUGAGAAUUCUCAAGAGCGACAUCUUCCAGCCCACCAAGCCAGCCACGCCCGUCACCACCAAGCCAGCCACGCCCGUCACCACCACCACGAAUAGCACUCACCAGGUGCCCAUUCACAUCCAGCGUGGACCAAUCGUGGAGGAGUUCAGCCGCCAGAUCACUCCAUGGAUCUCUGAGGUCUUCAGAGUGUAUCCAGGGGGGGACUACGCUGAGCUGCACUAUUCCGUGGGUCCGCUGCCCGCCAAGCAACCCAACCACGAGGUGGUGACUCGCUUCGUGUCGCCCAUCAACAGCAGCAAGGCCUUCUACUCCGACUCCAAUGGCCGCAGCUACCUCAAGCGGGUGGUGGACUACCGGUCUGACUGGGACCUCAAUGUCACCGACCCCAUCGCAGGGAACUACUACCCGCUUACGGUCGGGGCUUUCAUAAAGGACAAAGAAGCCCAGUUGUCCGUGCUUGUGGACCGGGCGGCAGGCGCUGCCAGCCUGGCAUCCGGCCAGAUAGAGGUCAUGCUACACAGGAAGCUGAGUUCGCUGGAUGGCAAGGGCGUGGGGGAACCGCUGCAGGAGAGAAUCGCACUGGGCAACAGGACCCGCUCCCUCACCUCGACUCAAAUUCACAAGUCACCUCCUGUGAGUCGACUCAAGGGGGUGGGGGAACCACUACGAAAGAGCUUCACACCGGGCAACAGGACCCGCUCCCUCACCGUGAGUGCUUCUUUCAUCACAACCCUUCCUCCAAACCUCCACCCCUCCCUCCCCUCCAUCUCCCAAUGCUUCUGCCUGAUACCCACUCCUCAACAUCCCCCCCUCCUCCUCGCCCACUUCACCCUCUUUCUCCGCCCAAUACCAUGCUCUGACGAAAGAGCAGGGGAGCACGAACGAAGGGGAGCAAGGGGGCCGCUCAUCGCCCCACUUCAGCUUGUCUUACCUCGCUCUGAAGAAAGAGCAGGGGAGCACGAAGGGGAGCAAGGGGAAGAGCGUGUGGGGUUGGGGCAGGGAAGCGAGUGGAGGAGGCAGCACGCACAGCGCCUCCUAACCCCUCUGCAGCUCUCGUUUGCGGUUGAAACUCAGCAGUCCAUCAGGGCAGCACAAGGCAGCUACACGUGGCACUACUCCCUCUCCCAGCCAUCAUCCACAUCAGCAUCCUCCACGUCAGCAUCCUCCACGUCAUCCAGCAAGCCUAACAGUGCUUCAUCCUACUCGGUUCCUCCCAAUGUUGCUGUCAUCACGAUGCAGGUAACAAUCAUCGUGCAUGCAGGCAAGCACUGUGUUGUGUUGUAA